AGCUGUUUCCCAUUAAAACCUGUUUAUGUCUCUAAACGGAGGUUUUCCGACGGUACUCCAACAGUAUCAGAGCAUUAGAUCGUCAUUAGACGUCAUUUUUCUCUAAGUGUAGACCAGCAGAGCAGGCGAGCUCCCCUCCGUCUCGCCGACAGUGGAACAGUCCGGUGGUGUAUUCCUGUGGACAAGGGCAAAGCGUCAGUGUCAGCGUCGUUUUUAUAUCCGACAAUCAAACAUGGCGAGGUUCUUGAGGUUAAACGUCAGGAGUUUUGUCACAUCCCAGCUGAGAAUGUCAUCCGACCAGUUGGGUGAGCUGGGUAAAGGUGCAGGAAAAGGUGGAGGAGGUGGAGGUUCCAUCAGAGAGGCAGGUGGAGCCAUGGGGAAGAAGCAAGCUGCUGAGGAGGAGAUGUAUUUCAAGCGCAAAGAGCAGGAGCAGCUGGCUGCGCUGAAGCAGCACCACCUGGAAGAAAUCGAUCACCACAAGAAGGAGAUUGAACGCAUGCAGCGCGAGAUAGACCGCCACAAGGGAAAGAUCAGGAAGCUGAAGCAUGACGACUGAGUGGAACAAUCUGAAAAAAAUUUAUUUUCACUCACCGCCCAAAACGCCUUUAUUUGUAACACCUGUUGCUGCAUGCACUUACCAGGCGGGACAUGAAUGUGGGGAAGAUGCUGUUCUGUAAAUUACUGAAAGUCAUUAAAUCCCCUCAUCUGUUGUUGUCUUUCUAUGGUUUGCUGUGGUAGCAAGAGUACAGUUUCUCCCUGUCUGACGUUCUCCAGUGGACUGUACAGUUCUGGUCAUGCACCAUCAUGAAAAGACCUAAGUAUAGUUAAAACGUGUGUCAGCAUCAGCUUUUUACAUUGUUCAAGUGAAUAAAAAGGUGCGUGACAUUGCAAGUUUGAAACUCUGAAGUCUGCUUUCCACUGUUUUAUUUUAACAUUCAGACUGGCAGAGCUUUGGUGUAGUCAGUCUACCAUGGUGGUUGUCCACAAAUAAAAAUCUCUUUCCCACAAA